AUUUUAGAUAAAGAAUCAAGUAUUUUUAAUUCAGCAAAUGAAGUUCGAGUUUUAUUACGUAGCUGGCAGUUUUGGAUUGAUAUUGAACAAUUGCGUGAUAUAUUAAGCCCAGCAAAAUGUUCUGUAAAAAAUGUUGAAUUUACAUCUACUUCAAUAGCGGAUGUUUUUGUGAAGCUAAUUAAGCUUGCUGCUGCAAUUAAAGAAAUUCCAUGA